GUCAAAUCUAUGCACUGACCUGCUGGUGUGUCUGCAGUGCACCUGUGGCGCUACAGGGGGGGCUACCCCGCCUUGAUGGAAUGCCUCAACAAGCUGAAAGCUAACAAGGAGUAUUUGGAUUUCCGCAAAGAAAGAGCGAAAAUGUUGAAUUCCAGACGGAAUCAGCUGCUCUUGGAGUUCAGCUUCUGGAAUGAACCUUUUCCCAGACCAGGACCAAACAUUUAUGAGAUGCGGACGUACCAGCUGAAGCCAGGAACCAUGAUCGAGUGGGGCAACCACUGGGCGAGGGCCAUCCGACACCGGCAGGAGAACAACGAGGCGGUGGGCGGCUUCUUCUCGCAGAUCGGCGACUUGUACGUCGUCCAUCACUUAUGGGCUUAUGAAGACCUCCAGUCUCGAGAGGAAACCAGGAACGCGGCCUGGCUCAAGGAGGGCUGGGACGCCAACGUGCAGUACACCGUGCCUCUCAUCAGGAGCAUGGAGUCCAGAAUAAUGAUUCCCACCCGCAGUUCUCCGUUGCAGUGAAGACUUUGGUCAACCUACCUCUACUCAUUGGCCACAACAUUAGGUACACCAGGACGACCUAUCAGCCAAUGAGAGUCUCCCAUUUGUUUGUGUAAUAAAAUCGAACAUGAUUUGUGUCGGGGGGGGGGGGGUUUUUAAUCAUGACCUGUGCUCCAUUUUCAAAACGAAGGCACAGUCGCUCACUUUUACCACUAAAAUGUCCGUCAAAAUAAAAGCAGGGAGAGACCCCACCUUCUUUUCACCUUUUUGUUGCUCUUAAAGGCCUACUGAAAGCCACUAGUAGCGACCACGCAGUCUGAUAGUUUAUAUAUCAAUGAUGAAAUCUUAACAUUGCAACACAUGCCAAUACGGCCGGGUUAACUUAUAAAGUGACAUUUUACAUUUCCCGCGAAACUUCCGGUUGAAAACGUCUAUGUAUGAUGACGUAUGCGCGUGACGUCAAUGGUUGAAACGGGAAGUAUGCGGACACAUUGAAUCCUAGACAAAAAACUCUGUUUUCAUGUCAAAAUUCCACAGUAUUCUGGACAUCUGUGUUGGUGAAACUUUUGCAAUUUGUUCAAUGAACAAUGGAGACUGCAAAGAAGAAAGCUGUAGGUGGGAUCGGUGUAUUAGCGGCUGGCUGCAGCAACACAACCAGGAGGACAGACAUGGAUAGCAGACGCGCUAGCCGCCAAACUCACCUUAACUUCCUCCGUCUCGCCGACCGCAUCUGUGAUCGGGUGAAGUCCUUCGUCGCACCGUCGAUCGCUGGAACGCAGGUGAGCACGGGUGUUGAUGAGCAGAUGAGGGCUGGCUGGCGUAGGUGGAGAGCUAAUGUUUUUAGCACAGCUCUGUUUUGAUUGAUUGAUUGAUUGAUUGAGACUUUUAUUAGUAGGUUGCACAGUGAAGUACAUAUUCCGUACAAUUGACCACUAAAUGGUAACACCCGAAUAAGUUUUUCAACUUGUUUAAGUCGGGGUCCACUUAAAUUGAUUCAUGAUACAGAUAUAUACUAUCAUAUAUACUAUCAUCAUAAUACAGUCAUCACACAA